AAAAAAACAGCGGCCGAGAUUCGAAACCCAGCUGCGUGUGCCGGUCGUCGGGCCCGUAUUUCCGUCCCCAAAAACCAUACUCCUCCACAACGCUGUUCAAAUUGGAUUGGGAAUUGAGUCGUAAAAAAUGACGAUGAUAACCAGUUAGCAUUUGUGGUCCCGUCUCAUAACUUAUAGAAGGAGAACAGCAACACGGGAUUCACAAGUUGUGCAACGGAAGCGGAACCAAAACCAAACCAACCAACCAAGCACGGAAGGAAGCUGCCCACCAUUAUCAUCUUGAAAUCGCAUUAACUCACAAUUGAACUCGUCAGCUGGCAGGAUCUAGCGCUGUUUCUGUAUCUCCCGGAACCAAAACAACAUUGCAUAUCCGGGAGAAAUAUGGCAAAGCAAUUGGUAGUAGCCACGACGGACGGCGGUCGUCUUGUGCUGGCGCUCUGCGGCGUCCUGCUACUAGGGCUGAUGGGCCAGCUCGGUUCUGCGGCAACGACCGCCUCGAAUGCGGUCCGGGUGAACAAGUGCUGCGAGAAGUUCGAGGUCAUGUACGAUGGUAAAUGUACGGUCGCCAGCACGGUCAACGCCACUGUCUGGACACCGGAGUUUAUUGGACGCAAGGGCGAACGGAACGUGAAAGUGGAUGACUUUCGGUUCGUAAUCGGUCUUCCGGACUGUGGCACGAAACAGAAGUUCAACAUCUACCACUAUCCAGAGAGCUUCGAUAAAUUGAUACUCUUCCCUGAUGGCCAGUUGCGACAUCUUAUUCUGCAUGAAAAGACCGUUGACAACAAUCUUCGUCGAUAUCUGGACGAGGAUUACAGCGAUGCGGGAGGUCAAUCCAUUCUGUCGCUCAAGUACGAUUACGUGCCGGGGCUGUACUGUAUGGAUCAAUUCGUCAGCAGCAGCAGCGAGGAUCGGGGAGAACCGUCGGAAACGAUGAUGGCAACCGUCUGCUCGCCAAAGCCCGAAAUACACUGGACCGACAGUAGCGUGAUGUUGCGCAAAAUCAUCAACCCAAUCUGCCACGGCAUAGCAAUGAUCAUACUGUUAAUCGUGGCGAUCAUCUAUUUUGUGCUUCCGACGCUGCGCGAUCUUGUCGGCAACAUGGUGACCACGAUCACAAUGUGCUUGAUCGUCAGCCAAGCCGCCGAUCUUGUGCGCAUCUUUACCGAAUUCAGUAACCACGUGAGCUUCCUGAUCGCAGACCUGUUCUUCUACGUCAGCCUGCUCGGGGCCUUCUUUUGGCUGAACGCGAUGGGGUACUACAUCUGGAAGAUGUUCCGCACCCGGAACGUGUUUCUACGCGUCAGCGAUGGUCGAAAGUACUGUUGGUACUCUGGGUACGCCUGGGGUUGCACGGCAACGAUGGCAUCGAUCGCGGUGUUUGCCCACUAUUUCCUCGAUCUGCCCGGCAGCAACAGAAGCCAAACCUCCGAAGGGCACGCUGCGGAUAGCAUCGAUGGGUUUUUCGAAAGCCAGGACAGCAUCAGUUGGUUAGGGAUUGCGGUGUUUUUCAUGCCCAUCGCCUUCAUUAUCAUUGUGAAUAUUUUCUUCUUCGUGACGACGCUACGGUUCAUCAACCGGAUGCACACGUACGGCCGAAUUCAUCACAAGCUACGCUGCAGCUUCGUCAUGUUCACACUCAUCUUUGCGACGAUGAGCGUCGCGUGGUUAUUCCUCAUCCUCUCCUGGCUGCACAUCGACGGGCUGCUCUACAUGCACAUCAUUGCGAAUGCGCUGCAAGCACCGUGCAUUCUCUACAUCUGCGUGCUGCGCCAGAAGCAUGUCACGUUUCUGGUAAAGUCAUGCCUCGGUGACCAACCACCGCAAACCUCAGAAUGGGGUGAUGAAAUGACGUACAUGAAUGGAGGCAAUUACUAGGACUUAGCACCGACCGCGAGACACACAAUCGAUCGCGAUAGUUCACAAUAAUGAACAAUUCCGGAUCCACGACCGAAUGCAGCUCGCGGUGCACAACAACAAUGAUUUCGAACGCCACAGAGAAUCUCAGUGACAACAUCGUGAACAAAACACGUCCAAGCAGUGUCUUAAUUGGUCGACGAAUUGGCCUUUUGAAAUUAUCUCCAAAUUUGUAAGACUUAACUAAGAUAAUAGCGGUUAGCAAAGUAAGACUCACUAGCGUAGAUAAGCGUGUGACGGUGGUGAAGGCAAAUGUGAAUCUCGAAUCCGAUAUUGCUUCACGAUAACGCCCACUAAGGUUUCCACUAAAGGUCUAAGAUAGGAAGCAAGUGGAGAGUCAUGUACGUUUAAAGCAAGUUUCUAGUUCUUAAAUGCAGCUACAGUGUGUUGGAAUUGUUCAGGUUUCCAACGGUUAGUUUCGAACAAAUCAGUGUAGAUAGGUUAAACCAAUUUUCUGUUUAACGAAGCCCCGUAAGAUAUACUUAUAAAUGAACGCAAAUCGUGCAGCACCAAACGCGCAGUUUACUUAAAAAAAGGUGGAAAACGGGACGAUAAGAAUAAGGAACUAAUGAAAAUAAAGCACACUAUAACCACGACGGUUAUGAACCUUGCUUUAAAGAGUUGAUUGAUUGAUCUUCAUUGAUAGAGCGAAUUAUGUCUGUUUUCAAACAGAAUAAGCAAAAACCUUUAGGUUUGUUUCAUAUCGAAAGCGAUUGGACGAGAAUGAUUG